AUGCCCACAGUUCUCACGCCGCAAGGCUGGGUCAAAGUCGCGGCUGCCCCACGAAAGAAGAAGGUGACGACUUACGAUCCUGCGGAGGCUCUUAAAGGACCACUUGCCUACUUCAGCUGCCAACCGCUGCCAUCAGGCAAGAAAGAUUCAUUCAGCAGACCCCAGUUCCCCUACGACCUGUCUGCAUCACCGGAAAAACUGCAGCGGCAGGCCCACGCGAAAACCCAGGCAAAGAUUGGCGGCAAGAACAGAACCAUCUCUGCGCCGCAACCGGGGUUGUACGUCGACAGAGACGAUGACUCUGACGACGACAGUGAUCGCAAAUCGCAUUCAACUCAAUCUUCAAGCCGAAGCACAUCUCCUCCUUCGAAAAUGAACCGCUCACAACGGUCGUCUAAACCAGGGCACGCCAACAGAUCAGGAUCACCGUCGCCCUCGCACCGAUCGGCUCCUCGCCACAGACCUGUGGAGGCUGUUCCACCGCCUGUCGUCGUUUAUCAUACAUCGCCCGCCUCGAAUCCUUCUGCCCCACGGCACUCAUCCAGCACUGGCUACCAAAACUACUACUAUUCGACAGGAGGGAUCGAGCGCCCACCGCCACCAACCAACGCGCGGAGCAUGUCGUACAGUUGGUAUAAUGCCACAACGCCCUUGAACUUGUGA